GUGAAAGCGAAGGAUUCUGCAUUCUCUCACUCGUCACCCUACCCAACCUCCGCCGCCGCCGCUGCUUCCCUUGCUGAGGCGAUGGCGACCGCCGGCGCUGGCGCCCCGGCCAUCACCGCGUCCUCCUCCUCCUUCCUCUCUUCGUCGACCUUCUCCCUCAAGGCGUCGAAGACCAGCCACCGCCGGCCCGCGGGGAGGGUAUCCGUCAGUGUCCGCUGUGUCGGUAGCCCCCCAUCUGUCGAUACAUCUUACAAGACGAACGUCCCGCGCAAUGCAAACAUGGCCAAGCUCCAAGCAGGCUAUUUAUUUCCUGAGAUUGCCAGGAGAAGGGCAGCUCAUUUGUUGAAGUUUCCUGACGCGAAGAUUAUAAGUCUUGGGAUUGGUGACACUACCGAGCCCAUUCCGGAUGUCAUAACUAAUGGCAUGGCAGAGAGAGCACAUGCUUUAUCAACAAUUGAUGGAUACAGUGGUUAUGGAGCUGAACAAGGUGAAAAGAAACUAAGGGCAGCAAUUGCUACAACCUACUAUGCGGAUCUUGGGAUUGAAGAAACAGACAUAUUUGUCUCUGAUGGUGCAAAAUGUGACAUUUCUCGUCUGCAGGUCCUUUUUGGAUCUAAUGUGACGAUUGCAGUCCAAGACCCAUCAUACCCUGCAUAUGUUGAUUCGAGUGUUAUCAUGGGGCAAACUGGUUUAUAUCAGCAAGACGUUCAGAAGUAUGGAAACAUCGAGUACAUGAGAUGCAGUCCCAAAAAUGGAUUUUUCCCUGAUCUGUCAACUGUCCCACGAACAGAUAUAAUUUUCUUUUGUUCACCUAACAAUCCUACUGGUGCUACUGCAUCUCGGGACCAACUAACUAAACUAGUCAAAUUUGCAAAGGACAAUGGGUCCAUCAUAGUCUAUGAUUCUGCUUAUGCUAUGUACAUAUCAGAUGACAGCCCAAAGUCUAUCUUUGAAAUUCCUGGAGCAAGGGAGGUUGCCAUUGAGACAGCUUCAUUCUCAAAAUACGCUGGGUUCACUGGUGUCCGUCUGGGUUGGACUGUUGUCCCUAAGGAGCUACUUUUCUCAGAUGGACAUCCAGUUGCUAAAGAUUUCAACCGCAUAGUCAGCACUUGCUUCAAUGGCGCAUCGAACAUUUCUCAAGCUGGUGGUUUGGCUUGCCUCUCUCCAGAGGGUCUAAAGGCUAUGCGUGAUGUUGUUGGCUUCUACAAGGACAACACCGAAAUAAUUGUUGACACAUUUACAUCACUUGGAUUCAAUGUAUAUGGUGCCAAGAAUGCUCCGUAUGUGUGGGUGCACUUCCCUGGUCGUAAUUCAUGGGACGUUUUUGCUGAGAUCCUUGAGAAGGCGAAUGUGGUUACUACUCCUGGCAGUGGAUUUGGACCUGGCGGCGAAGGCUUCGUGAGGGUCAGCGCAUUCGGCCACAGAGAUAACAUUAUUGAAGCUGCGAGAAGAUUAAAGCAGCUGUACGAGUGAGCACCGACUCAGCUUCUGUAUCCUCUUGGAAAGACUAUCAAUAAGAACACAGCAGCUUUGGAACACCAACUUCGCUCUGUGGAGAUAUUAGAAUUGAGACAUGAUAUUUUUGUAGGCUUUCUAUGCUACUCCAUCCUAACCGUUUCAUAUCCUAAACAAUGUUUGUUGUA